AGCUGCUGGAGGAGAAGAGACGGAUUAUUUUCUGUGCUGGAGAUGAAGAAGUUAUCAACAUGUGUUUACUUCAGCUGGGCUCUCCUGACUGCAGCUGUGAUCCCAGUGUCCGUGGGGGAGAUGUACACGUCGCUGCUGAACGUAAAGCAGGCGAUCAGUGUUGAAAGGAAGCUGAUCGAUUACUUGAGAACUUACCUUGACCACGAGUUGGAGAGACUGGAGGACAUCAAGCGUUUCUAUGCCAAAGUGUCCAACCUGCACGCUGAACUUUACAAAGGUCCGGCGACUGCAAUGGCAAACCCACUGGUGGCGUUCACCCUGAUCAAGCGGCUUCAGUCAGAGUGGUUAAAUCUUGUCUACAGUAACGAAGCUCUGGAGAACACUCAAGCUCUCAGGUCAAGUUACGAGAAGGAAGAGGCAGAUCUACCCAAACUGGAAGACCUCCAGGGGGCCGCGAAGGGGCUGAUGAGGCUGCAGGAUGUGUACGCUCUCCAAGUUCCGAGUCUCGUAAAGGGUCGUUUCCAGAGAGUCACUAAUGGCAAACCCAUUGAUAUCUACCUGCCUGCAGUGUCUGUUCCGCUGUCUGGUGAUGACUGCUUUCUUGUUGGAAAGGUGGCCUACGAGCAGGAAGACUACUACCACUCAGUGCAGUGGUUGGAGGAGUCAGUGCGUCUCUUCAGGGGGACAGGAAGAGAGUGGAGCCCUGAGAAUGAAGGGACUUUGGAGGACGCUCUGGAUCACCUGGCCUUCUCUCACUUUAAAACAGGAAACAUCUCCUCUGCUCUCAGCCUGUCUCAGGAGUUACUGCAUCAUGAUCCGAUGAAUGGAAGAGUUUUGCAGAAUGUCGAGAAAUAUGAGAAGCUGCUGGUUACGAGUCCAGCCAAAUCAGUCGGGGGCAGUGGGCUGAAGAGACCAACCUCAACGUAUUUAAGGACCAGGGACACUUACGAGAGACUGUGCCAGACCCAAGGCUCUCAGCAGCCAAUGCAUUUUGAAAACCCCAGACUUUUCUGCGAUUACUUCACCAAUGGCAAUCCCGGACUUCUAUUGCUGCCAGUACGACGUGAAGUGUUGAGCCUGCAGCCGUAUGUGGUCCUUUACCACAACUUCAUCAAUGACGCAGAGGCCGAGGACAUCAAGGGGCUCGCCCAUACAGGAUUGAGACGCUCUGUGGUGGCAACUGGAGUGAAACAAGAAACCGCAGAGUAUCGCAUCAGCAAGAGUGCAUGGCUGAACGGCUCAGCUCAGUCCACUGUUGGGAAGCUGGACCAGAAGAUCUCCAGACUCACAGGUCUGAACGUAAAGCAUCCAUAUGGCGAGUACCUCCAAGUGGUGAAUUAUGGGAUUGGUGGGCAUUACGAGCCUCACUUCGACCAUGCUACGUCACCUUCAAGUCCGGUGUACAAGCUGAAAACUGGGAAUCGAGUGGCAACUUUUAUGAUAUACCUCAGCUCUGUCGAGGCAGGUGGGUCCACAGCCUUCAUCUACGCCAACUUCAGUGUUCCUGUCGUGGAGAAAGCUGCCAUCUUCUGGUGGAAUCUGCAUAGAAAUGGUCAAGGAGACAUGGACACGCUGCACGCUGGCUGUCCUGUGCUUAUUGGGGACAAAUGGGUGGCAAACAAAUGGAUCCACGAGUAUGGCCAAGAGUUCCAGCAUCGCUGCAGCCUGAACCCUGAAGAGUGAGAGGGGUGGAGCGAUAGCUGGGCCCCUUGGAGUACAAGAGCCAGCCUCUACAAUUGAGAGGCAUGCUUGCAGGCUGAGAGAAGGAGGGAGCCAGAAAAGUGAGCACACAUGCAGGGGAGGUGAGAGCCUGCAUCUGUGAUUGGAGCCCGGGGCCCCAGGGAGCCUGAAGCGUACAGUACCCCACUGCAGUGGACACGGAUAGCACGAGGCUGAAAGGCGGGCUAGAAGAGGAGUGAGGCAGUUGGCAAUCAGCCCCCAAAGGCCAAAUGCUCUCUUCAUCCUGCUGGCCAGUUCCCGCAGAUGGAGAGAGGCCUCUGCCUUUGCACACUGUGCUGGUUUCAGUUAACUGUGCAAUGCUGUUUGCCUCCUGCUUGCUUUAAAAACUGACAUAUUUUGCAACCCUUCGCCUACACUGGGCCCAUGAUUGCAAAUCAACACUGCUGAACUUUGUGACGACUUUAAAACAUUUUUAUUUAUGAUGUGUAGAUGCAGGGGUUUACAAAGACGCCUCAUGUGCCUAGAUGAAUCACAGUGAAAUGUGUUUAAAAUGACACACAAAGCAUCUAAGAUUUUCUACUUGGUGUUGUGUUGCACCCAGAAAUAAACUA